AAAGUGAAGGUUUUGGUUUUUAUAAGAACUACGAUACACACCUGAAACCUCAAUAGUCAUCUCUCCAUUUGGGCUUCUGAAGUUGCUUUCGUAUAUCAACACCAUGUGGGCUCUUCGUCGUGCUUCUGUUCCUCUCAGGAAUCGAGGAUUUGGUGUCAGAGCUUCCAGAGCAACUUUUCCUGGUUUGAAGCUACAACACAAGGAUGGUGUCUCUGAUUCUCCUGACGUGACAUGUGAUAAAUGUCUUUCUUUCAAGAGAUCUUUCCAUGAAAAGCAUGAUUCUGCAAACCUCUAUCUAGUUAGACGGAGUCUUUCUUCACAAGCUGGUGCAAAAAGCAAUGGAGAGGAAUAUGACUUGGAGGAUGGAUUUUCUGAACUUGAAACAACAGAUGGAGCUAAGGCAGUUCGAGAUACUAAUGUUGGGGACAAUUGUGAAGAUGAACUGAUUUCUGAACCAGAUCUCUCUGAUAAUGAGGAUCAUGCUGAGCCCUCUAAAGAUGAGCUGGAGAUAUCAGACACUGAGGCUGAUUUUAGUGAGAAAGCACCUUAUAGGAAGAGGGUUACUUCAGCAUUGUUUAAAGCAAUCGUUGCUGCUCCAGGUCUCUCUGUUUCUGCUGCUCUUGAUAAGUGGGUUGAGGAAGGAGAUGAGAUAGAUCGUGGAGAGAUCUCAUUAACCAUGCUCAAUCUUCGUAAGCUACAGAUGUAUGGGAGGGCCUUGCAGUUCUCCGAGUGGUUGGAGGCAAGCAAACGAAUUGAACUUAUUGAAAGAGAUUAUUCUUCUCACCUUGAUUUGAUUGCUAAAGUACAUGGCCCUGAGAAGGCUGCUAAAUACAUUGAGAAGAUUCCAAAGUCUUUUAGAGGAGAGUUAAUAUACCGAACCCUCUUGGCUAACUAUGUCAAAGCCAACAAUGUGAAGAAAGCUGAGGAAGUGUUCAACAAAAUGAAAGAUCUGGAAUUUCCGAUCACCACAUUUUCUUGCAACCAGUUGCUGCUCCUGUACAAAAGGACCGAUAAAAAGAAAUUAGCAGAUGUACUAUUACUAAUGGAGAAAGAAAACGUGAAGCCCUCACUCUUUACUUUUAGACUCUUGAUAGAUACUAAGGGUCAAAUGAAUGACAUAUCAGGGAUGGAAGAACUUUUGGAGAAACUGAAGGUACAAGGUUUUGAGCCAGACAUUCGCAUAAAAUCCAUCGCAGCAGGCCACUAUGUCUCUGCUGGGCUUAAAGAAAAAGCUGAAGCUGUUUUGAAAGAUAUGGAGCGGGGAAACUUAAGUGAGAAUCGUAGGGUUUGCGGAGACUUGCUUCGAAUUUAUGCAUUGCUUGGACAAGCUGAUCAAGUGGAGAGGAUUUGGAAGUUCUGUGAGUCAAAUCCUUGGACUGCAGAGUGCAUUGCGGCAAUUGAAGCUUGGGGAAAGUUGAAGAAAAUCAAAGAGGCUGAAGCUGUUUUCGAAAAGAUGCUACAAAAAGUGAAGAGGCCUUCUUCAAAACAUUACACUGUGCUUCUGAAGGUGUAUGCAGAUCAUAAGAUGAUGACAAAGGGUAAAGAUCUUAUUAAACGAAUGGCGGAUGAUGGUUGCAAUAUUGGCCCACAGACAUGGGAUGCACUUGUGAAACUCUAUUUGGAUGCCGGAGAGAUAGAAAAGGCGGACUCUAUAUUGCAUAAGGCUUCUCAGAAAAACCAAGUGAAGCCGUUUUUUAGGACUUUCAUGGCUGUCAUGGAUCACUAUUCAAAGAGAGGUGAUGUUCAUAACUCAGAAAAGAUCUUCCAUAGAAUGAGACAGGCAGGUUAUAUAGCUAGACUUCGUCAGUUCCAAGCACUUGUUCAGGCAUACAUAAAUGCUAAGGCGCCGGCAUAUGGGAUUAGGGAAAGAAUGAAAGCAGAUAAUAUCUUCCCAAAUCGAGAUCUGGCCGGACAAUUAGUACAGGUUGAUGCAUUUAGGAAGACAGCAGCAUCUGAUUUGCUUGAAUGAGGCAUUUUAUGUGUGGUUAAUCUUGACAUGGCUUAUUUCAUGUUAUGUAGAACUAUUACUAUUUUAUUAUAGUUAUUUUGUAGGUUUGAUUAACGAGGUCUAUUAACGUUUGUUAUUCUAAAAGUACCCCUAACAUUCAAACACUUUUUUUCUUUUA